AUGCCUUCAUACCUCAAGUCCAUGUCUACAUUUCUUUGCUCUCUCCUGCUUUAUUCCCUAUGCUCGACAUUAACAUACUCAGUUGAACUCUCUGGCAACAACGGCGACCUCACCUUCGACUUCUUCCACCGCGACUCGCGCCAUUCGCCUUCGUACGACCCCUCCACCACGCGUUUCCAACGCCUCAGACACGCGGUUGACCGCUCCUUGUCAAGAAAAUCCUCGUUGACAGCAUUGCAUUCAACAUCAUCCACAGGGGCCAUAGUCGCUCCGAUCAGCCUCUCAGGCUAUGAGUACCUGAUGAAGAUAAAAAUCGGGACGCCCCCGGUCGAGCAGCUAGCCAUCGCCGACACGGGAAGCGACCUAACAUGGACCCAAUGCAAACCGUGCAAACAGUGCUACAACCAAACUCUCCCACUCUUCGAUCCAUCUCACUCCUCGUCUUACCGGCCGGUCUCGUGCCGGUCCCACCAAUGCACCGCCUCCGGAUCAUCGCCGUCAUGCGGCCGCAAAAACACCUGCCAAUACAAGGUCUUUUACGGAGACAAUUCAUACAGCUUCGGCAAGCUUGCAACGGAAACCCUAACCUUCGACGGAGGCGUCUCCUUCCCUAACUUCGCCUUUGGCUGCGGCCGCGAGAACGGCGGCACAUUCAGCGACACCGGGUCCGGGAUCAUCGGCCUUGGUGGCGGCUCGAUUUCCCUCAUAAACCAGCUGAAAAAAUCCAUAGGCGGCAAGUUCUCUUACUGCUUGACAUCGCGAGACUCGAACGCCACCAGCAAGAUCAGCUUCGGCAGUAGCGCUGUGGUGGCCGGGCCUAAAGUCGUCUCCACGCCACUAGUAAGGAAUAUACCUGAAACAUUCUACUACCUCACACUAGAAGGGCUCAGCGUUGGGACUGAGAGGUUUGCCAACGCUAAGUUGCUGUCCUCGUUGGAGUCCAGCGAGGGCAACAUCAUCAUUGACUCAGGGACGACACUGUCGUUCUUCCCUGAGGAGAUGUACAACUGGGUGGAGGGGGCCCUGAAGGACGCGGUCAAGGGUGAGCGCGUGGAGGAUGCACAACGGAUUUUCGGGUUGUGCUAUAAAAAGGGGGAUGGGUUCAGGUCACCAGCAAUCACAGCUCAUUUCAAGAAUGCGGAUGUGGUUUUGGCGCAUGACAGCAUUUUUGUGGAGACGGAGAAAGGGAUUGUUUGUUUGACGCUGUUUCCGUCGGAGGGUUUGGCUAUUUUUGGGAAUCUGCAUCAGAUGAAUUAUCGGAUUGGAUAUGAUCUUGAAAAGAGACAAAUCUACUUUCUGCCUACACAUUGCUCCAAGCCACAAUGA